CCCUUUUUUUCAUUGUUCUUCUCUUCUUUUUUUCUUCUUCAGUUCUUCCCCAAUUCAAAACCCUCCGACAAAAUGUCUCCUCCUCGGCCACUGCCGGAAGUGGUGGCGAAGAACCGAUUCCUAGGGUUCUUGAUAUGGCAAUCCAUCUCCUCCACCGCCAUUUUCUUUUCCUACAAACUCAUCGAACUCUCCAUUCUCCCUUCUUCUUCUUCUUCUUCUUCUUCUUCUUCUUCUUUCUCCGUUCAGUCGCUCGUCCUUUCGAUUCUCUCCUUCACAGCCUUCCAUUUCUCCCAGCUCAUCCUCUCCGCUUCACUCGCCGCCAUAUCCUCUCCGCAGCCCGUUCCCCCAGCUUCCUUCUUCCAGCUCGCCACUUCCUUCCUCCGUCUGCUCUUCGUCUCCGGGAACUCCUCUUCUCCCGACCUUCGCCGCCGCGCCAAGGUUUCUCUCAACAUCGCCGCAUACGUGGCGGCAGCUUGCUUUUCCGGGUUCGUGUCGGCGGUGGCCAUGUGUGGGAGGGUUGUUGGUGGUGGCGAGAUUGAAGCGAUUGCGGUAGUUGGGUUUAGGGGUUCUGUGAUUGGGCUGCUUUAUGCGUUACAUUUUGCCAAUAAUCGGAGAUGGCUUCUUCAUUUCCCCAUUAUUCAGCGUCCUCCUUUCUUCAGCUUCAAAAUGGGGAUUCCUGCAGCUAUUGGCCGUGCUUUUAGGCUUUCGACUACUGGGUACACUCUUGCAUCUGUACUGAUGUUGAUGCUGUCUUUUGGUGAGGCGAGUCUCAGUGCAUUGACAACAACGCAAUUCCUUCUCAACCGGUGUACUCUAUACCUGGGGAUUUUCUGUAUGCUUCUUUGUUGGGAGCUAAGUCAUCUUCUACACCAGGUGCUACAUACAAAGAGGUUCGUAUAUGCCCCACCGAAAGGAUCAGCUGCUGCAGAAACAAAUCCAACUGAAACUCUUAUUUCAGCACUGGAGGAAACUGCCUCUGAUUCUCUACCACGGUAUCUUGCAUAUCUCGAUCUCUGCAUGGUGUGUGAAAACAAUGUCGAUAUGUGGAGGAGAGCUGCAUUUUUUGAAGAAACUGGUGAGACUUACAGGAAAGUCACAGCUGUGAGCUUGAGGCCAUUGGAAGAGCUUGCUUCCAAGUUAAGUGAAGGUUUGGAAGGUUCACCUGAAGACCAGUUAUCUAAACAGUUGCUGUCAGCUUCCGAUCCACAACUACCUUCAAGGAUUUACAAACCACUUAACAACUUUCAGAAAAUUUCAUGGUGUGCAAGGGCCAUUUCUUCCCUGACUGCGCAUUCACACAAGGAAGACCGAUAUGGCGUGGCUCAGCUCUCUGGCAGCACUGCAGCCACCCUCUCAACUCUCUUAUCUUCCCUGCUGGCUGUUGAAGCAUUCAUGGGAAAGAAAACACAUCUGCAAUCUCCACACCAACUGCUUGGUCCAGCUGGCAUUCGAUGGGCUGCUCUGAACACAGGGAAACGAGAUGUUCCUCCGAUGAUUUCCAAAAGGACAGCCGGCCCCUUACACUCGAAUGCAUAUGCCAUUGCUGACGUGCUCAGGACCUCCAUCUACUGCAUUGUGUCCACUUUCUACAAGGAGAUGGUGGCUAGCGCCAAAGCAGGGCUGCUUGAGAAGGAUUGGAUCAAAGACGGGAAGCCCCUUCACGGAUCGAGGGAGUUGCUGGUGCAAAAGCUCCAGCUUUUCCUCGAUUAUCGUGCUUAGCUAGCAGAUUGCUUUUGUGGUCGUUUUACCGGUAGGAAGAUUUUGCGAAACCGUCGAGUUCAGCUAUUAAUGAAUGGUGUUUUUUGUUGUUUCCUUUGAGAAAUCAGAUAUAUGGGUGUACUUGGGUGGUGAGUGAGUGGUGACACCAAGGGAAGAGUGACAAAGUGGAAACAGAGAAGAGAAGGAUAUAAAGUUUUUGGACUGUUUUGGAUUGUACAAAACUUGAGGGGGUCUAUAUGUUAUAAUUUUUGUAUACGCUUAAAGAGCCCAAGAUUCGCAAUGAUCUGUACUAGGCCUAGCUCGAUGAGCCAGGGCCCAAUGAUGAGUUUUGUGCACCGAGAGGAAGAACAUAGGAUUUUAAGGAGGUCAACUUUUUUUACCAAUACAUAAUGUCACCUUGAUAUUAUGUGAAUUUUCUUAGCUUGAGACGAC